GGAUAUGGAGUGAGGAGAAACACCACUCACCAUGGAAAGAAAAAUCCUUUGUUGGAUGUUUUUGAUUGGAUACUUUGAUGCAUCAUUUGGACAAGCUACAACUGGAGUCUCAUUAACAACAACCACAACAGCAAACUUGACACCAGUGACCACUCCUGUAGGACCAAAUACCACAACUGUAGAACCAACUACAGGAACUGCUGCUUCCACAAAAACAACAUCAACACCAGCUGCCACAACUGCAACCUCACUGACAACAACUGAAGCACCAAUGACAACUGGUGGGAUGGAAACUACCACAACUACAGUAAAAGUGACCACACUUCUUUUAUCAUCCUCAACAACUAUCACAACAUCUGACUCCGCAAACACAACGUCAACACCAGCUGCCACAACUGAAGCACCAUCUACCACAACUGCAGCCUUAUUGACAACGACCGAAGCACCAUUGACAACUGGUGGGACACAAACUACCACAACUGCACCACAAAUGACCACACCUGUUUUCUCAUCAACAAGUGCAGAAACAACUAUCACAACUUCUGACUCUGCAACCACAACGUCAACACCAGCUGCCACAACUGAAGCACCAUCUACCACAACUGCAGCCUCACUGACAGCAACCGAAGCACCAACGACAACAGGUGGAACGCAAACUACCACAACUGCACCACAAAUGACUACACCUGUUUUCUCAUCGACAACAGCUAUCACAACAUCUGACUCCGCAACAACGACGUCUACACCAGCUGCCACAACUGAAGCACCAUCUACCACAACUUCAGCCUUAUUGACAACAACCAAAGCACCAUCGACAACUAGUGGGACAAGAGCUACCACAACUGCACCACAAGUGAGCACACCUGUUUUCUCCUCAACAAGUGCAGAAACAACUAUCACAACUUCUGACUCCGCAACCACAACGUCAACACCAGCUGCCACAACUGAAAAACCAUCUACCACAACUGCAGCCUCACUGAGAUCAACCGAAGCACCAACGACAACUGGUGGGACGGAAACUACCACAUCUGCGCCACAAAUGACUACACCUGUUUUCUCAUCUACAACAAGUGCAGAAACAACUAUCACAACUUCUGACUCCACAACCACAACGUCAACAACAGCUGCCACAACUGAAGCACCAUCUACUACAACUGCAGCCUCACUGACAACAACCAAAGCACCAACGACAACAGGUGGAACACAAGCUACGACAACUGCACCACAAGUGACCACACCUGUUUUCUCCUCAACAAGUGCAGAAACAACUAUCACAACUUCUGACUCGGCAACCUCAACGUCAACACCAGUUGCCACAACUGAAGCACAAUCUUCCACAACUGCAGCCUCUCUGACAUUAACCGAAGCACCAUCAUCAACUGGUGGGACACAAGCUACCACAACUACACAACAAGUGACCACACCUGUUUUCUCAUCAACAAGUGCAGAAACAACUAUCACAACUUCUGACUCCGCAACCACAACGUCAACACCAGCUGCCACAACUGAAGCACCAUCUACCACAACUGCAGCCUCUCUGACAGCAACCGAAGCACCAACGACAACAGGUGGAACACAAACUACCACAACUUCACCACAAAUGACUACACCUGUUUUCUCAACUACACCAGCUGCCACAACUGAAGCACCAUCUACCACAACUUCAGCCUUAUUGACAACGACCGAAGCACCAUCAACAACUGGUGGGACACAAGCUAUCACAACUGCAGCACAAGUGACCACACCUGUUUUCUCAUCUACAACAAGUGCAGAAACAACUAUCACAACUUCUGACUCCGCAACCACAACAUCAACACCAGUUGCCACAACUGAAGCACAAUCUUCCACAACUGCAGCCUCUCUGACAAUAACCGAAGCACCAUCGUCAACUGGUGGGACACAAGCUACCACAACUGCACAACAAGUGACCACACCUGUUUUCUCAUCUACAAGUGCAGAAACAACUAUCACAACUUUGGAAUCCGCAACCACAACGUCAACACCAGCUGCCACAACUGAAGCACCAUCUACCACAACUGCAGCCUCACUGACAACAAUCGAAGCACAAACGACAACAGGUGGAACACAAGCUACCACACCUGCACCACAAAUAACCUCACCUGUUUUCUCAUCUACAACAAGUGCAGAAACAACUAUGACAACUUCUGAGUCCGCAACCACAACGUCAACAACAGCUGCCACAAGUGAAGCACCAUCUACCACAACUGCAGCCUCUCUGAUAACAACUGAAGCACCAACAACAACUGCAGAAACAACUAUCACAACUUCUGACUCCGCAACCACAAUGUCAACACCAGCUGCCACAACUGAAGCACCAUCUACCACAACUGCAGCCUCACUGACAGCAACCGAAGCACCAACGACAACAGGUGGAACACAAACUACUACAACUGCACCACAAAUGACUACACCUGUUUUCUCAUCGACAACAUCUGACUCCACAACAAUGACGUCUACACCAGCUGCCACAACUGAAGCACUAUCUACCACAACUUCAGCCUUAUUGACAACAACCGAAGCACCAUCGACAACUGGUGGGACACAAGCUACCACAACUGCACCACAAGUGACCACACCUGUUUUCUCCUCAUCAAGUGCAGAAACAACUAUCAUAACUUCUGACUCCGCAACCACAACGUCAACACCAGCUGCCACUACUGAAGAACCAUCUUCCACAACUGCAGCCUCACUGAGAUCAACCGAAACACCAACGACAACAGGUGGGACACAAACUAUCACAACUGCACCACAAAUUACUACACCUGUUUUCUCAUCUACAAGUGCAGAAACAACUAUCACAACUUCUGAUUCCACAACCACGUCAACAACAGCUGCCACAACUGAAGCACCAUCUACCACAACUGCAGCCUCACUGACAACAACCGAAGCGCCAACGACAACAGGUGGAACACAAACUACCACAACUGCACCACAAAUGACUACACCUGUUUUCUCAUCGACAACAGCUAUCACAACAUCUGACUCCACAACAACGACAUCUACACCAGCUGCCACAACUGAAGCAGCACUGACAACUGGUGGGACACAGGCUACCACAAUUGCACCACAAAUGACUACACCUGUUUUCUCAUCAACAGCAGCUAUCACAACAUCUGACUCCACAACAACGACGUCUACACCAGCUGCCACAACUGAAGCACCAUCUACCACAACUGCAGCCUUAUUGACAACAACCGAAGCACCAUCGACAACUGGUGGGACACAAACUACCACAACUGCACCACAAGUGACCACACCUUUUUUCUCAUCUACUACAAGUGCAGAAAUAACUAUCACAACUUCUGACUCUGCAACCACGUCAACAACAGCUGCCACAACUGAAGCACCAAUAACAACUGCAGAAACAACUAUCGCAACUUCUGACACUGCAACCACAACGUCAACACCAGCUGCCACAACUGAAAAACCAUCUACCACAACUGCAGCCUCACUGACAACAACCGAAGCACCAACGACAACAGGUGGAACACAAACUACCACAACUUCACCACAAAUGACUACACCUGUUUUCUCAUCGACAACAGCUAUCACAACAUCUGACUCCACAACAACGACGUCUACACCAGCUGCCACAACUGAAGCACCAUCUACCACAACUUCAGCCUUAUUGACAACAACCGAAGCACCAUCGACAACUGGUGGGACACAAACUACCACAACUGCACCACAAGUGACCACACCUUUUUUCUCAUCUACAACAAGUGCAGAAAUAACUAUCACAACUUCUGAUUCCACAACCACGUCAACAACAGCUGCCACAACUGAAGCACCAUCUACCACAACUGCAGCCUCACUGACAACAACCGAAGCGCCAACGACAACAGGUGGAACACAAACUACCACAACUGCACCACAAAUGACUACACCUGUUUUCUCAUCGACAACAGCUAUCACAACAUCUGACUCCACAACAACGACAUCUACACCAGCUGCCACAACUGAAGCAGCACUGACAACUGGUGGGACACAGGCUACCACAAUUGCACCACAAAUGACUACACCUGUUUUCUCAUCAACAGCAGCUAUCACAACAUCUGACUCCACAACAACGACGUCUACACCAGCUGCCACAACUGAAGCACCAUCUACCACAACUGCAGCCUUAUUGACAACAACCGAAGCACCAUCGACAACUGGUGGGACACAAACUACCACAACUGCACCACAAGUGACCACACCUUUUUUCUCAUCUACUACAAGUGCAGAAAUAACUAUCACAACUUCUGACUCUGCAACCACGUCAACAACAGCUGCCACAACUGAAGCACCAAUAACAACUGCAGAAACAACUAUCGCAACUUCUGACACUGCAACCACAACGUCAACACCAGCUGCCACAACUGAAAAACCAUCUACCACAACUGCAGCCUCACUGACAACAACCGAAGCACCAACGACAACAGGUGGAACACAAACUACCACAACUUCACCACAAAUGACUACACCUGUUUUCUCAUCGACAACAGCUAUCACAACAUCUGACUCCACAACAACGACGUCUACACCAGCUGCCACAACUGAAGCACCAUCUACCACAACUUCAGCCUUAUUGACAACAACCGAAGCACCAUCGACAACUGGUGGGACACAAACUACCACAACUGCACCACAAGUGACCACACCUUUUUUCUCAUCUACAACAAGUGCAGAAAUAACUAUCACAACUUCUGAAUCCGCAACCACAACGUCAACACCAGCUGCCACAACUGAAGCACCAUCUACCACAACUGCAGCCUCACUGACAACAACCGAAGCACCAACGACAACAGGUGGAACACAAACUAUCACAACUACACCACAAAUGACUACAUCUGUUUUAUCAUCGACAACAGUUAUCACAACAUCUGACUCCACAACAACGACGUUAACACCAGCUGCCACAACUGAAGCACCAUCUACCACAACUUCAGCCUUAUUGACAAUGUCCGAAGAACCAUCGACAACUGGUGGGACACAAACUACCACAACUGCACCACAAGUGACCACACCUUUUUUCUCAUCUACAACAAAUGCAGAAACAACUAUCACAACUUCUGACUCCGCAACCACAACGUCAACACCAGCUGCCACAACUGAAGCACCAUCUACCACAACUGCAGCCUCUCUGACAACAACUGAAGCACCAAUAACAAUUGCAGAAACAACUAUCACAACUUUUGACUCUGCAACCACAUCAACACCAGCUGCCACAACUGAAGCACCAUCUACCACAACUGCAGCCUCACUGACAACAACCGAAGCACCAACGACAACAGGUGGAACACAAAGUACCACAACUGCACCACAAAUGACUACACCUGUUUUCUCAUUAACAACAGCUUUCACAACAUCUUAUUCCACAACAAUGACAUCUACACCAGCUGCCACAACUGAAGCACCAUCGACAACUGGUGGGACACAAGCUACGACAACUGCACCACAAAUGACUACACCUGUUUUCUCAUCGACAACAGCUAUCACAACAUCUGACUCCACAACAACAACGUCCACACCAGCUGCCACAACUGAAGCACCAUCUACCACAACUUCAGCCUUAUUGACAACAACCGAAGCACCAUCGACAACUGGUGGGACACAAGCUACCACAACUGCAUCACAAGUGACCACACCUGUUUUCUCCUCAACAAGUGCAGAAACAACUAUCACAACUUCUGACUCCGCAACCACAACGUCAACACCAGCUGCCACAACUGAAGCACCAUCUACCACAACUGCAGCCUCUCUGACAGCAACCGAAGCACCAACGACAACAGGUGGAACACAAACUACCACAACUUCACCACAAAUGACUACACCUGUUUUCUCAUCGACAACAGCUACCACAACAUCUGACUCCACAACGACGUCUACACCAGCUGCCACAACUGAAGCACCAUCUACCACAACUUCAGCCUUAUUGACAACAACCGAAGCACCAUCAACAACUGGUGGGACACAAGCUACCACAACUGCACCACAAGUGACCACACCUUUUUUCUCAUCUACAACAAGUGCAGAAACAACUAUCACAACUUCUGACUCCACAACCACAACGUCAGCAACAGCUGCCACAACUGAAGCACCAUCUACCACAACUGCAGCCUCACUGACAACAACCGAAGCACCAACGACAACAGGUGGAACACAAACUACCACAAUUUCACCACAAAUGACUACACCUGUUUUCUCAUCGACAACAGCUACCACAACAUCUGACUCCACUACAACGACGUCUACACCAGCUACCACAAUUUCACCACAAAUGACUACACCUGUUUUCUCAUCGACAACAGCUACCACAACAUCUGACACCACUACAACGACGUCUACACCAGCUACCACAACUGCAGCCUCACUGACGACAAUCAAAGCACAAACGACAACAGGUGGAACACAAGCUACCACAACUGCACCACAAAUGACCACACCUGUUUUCUCAUCUACAACAAGUGCAGAAACAACUAUCACAACUUCUGAGUCCGCAACCACAACGUCAACAACAGCUGCCACAAGUGAAGCACCAUCUACCACAACUGCAGCCUCUCUGAUAACAACUGAAGCGCCAACAACAACUGCAGAAACAACUAUCACAACUUCUGACUCCGCAACCACAACGUCAACACCAGCUGCCACAACUGAAGCACCAUCUACCACAACUGCAGCGUCACUGACAGCAACCGAAGCACCAACGACAACAGGUGGAACACAAACUACCACAACUGCACCACAAAUGACUACACCUUUUUUCUCAUCGACAACAGCUAUCACAACAUCUGACUCCACAACAAUGACGUCUACACCAGCUGCCACAACUGAAGCACCAUCUACCACAACUUCAGCCUUAUUGACAACAACCGAAGCACCAUCGACAACUGGUGGGACACAAGCUACCACAACUGCACCACAAGUGACCACACCUGUUUUCUCCUCAACAAGUGCAGAAACAACUAUCACAACUUCUGACUCCGCAACCACAACGUCAACACCAGCUGCCACAACUGAAGCACCAUCUACCACAACUGCAGCCUCUCUGACAGCAACCGAAGCACCAACGACAACAGGUGGAACACAAACUACCACAACUUCACCACAAAUGACUACACCUGUUUUCUCAUCGACAACAGCUACCACAACAUCUGACUCCACAACGACGUCUACACCAGCUGCCACAACUGAAGCACCAUCUACCACAACUUCAGCCUUAUUGACAACAACCGAAGCACCAUCAACAACUGGUGGGACACAAGCUACCACAACUGCACCACAAGUGACCACACCUUUUUUCUCAUCUACAACAAGUGCAGAAACAACUAUCACAACUUCUGACUCCACAACCACAACGUCAGCAACAGCUGCCACAACUGAAGCACCAUCUACCACAACUGCAGCCUCACUGACAACAACCGAAGCACCAACGACAACAGGUGGAACACAAACUACCACAAUUUCACCACAAAUGACUACACCUGUUUUCUCAUCGACAACAGCUACCACAACAUCUGACUCCACUACAACGACGUCUACACCAGCUACCACAAUUUCACCACAAAUGACUACACCUGUUUUCUCAUCGACAACAGCUACCACAACAUCUGACUCCACUACAACGACGUCUACACCAGCUACCACAACUGCAGCCUCACUGACGACAAUCAAAGCACAAACGACAACAGGUGGAACACAAGCUACCACAACUGCACCACAAAUGACCACACCUGUUUUCUCAUCUACAACAAGUGCAGAAACAACUAUCACAACUUCUGAGUCCGCAACCACAACGUCAACAACAGCUGCCACAAGUGAAGCACCAUCUACCACAACUGCAGCCUCUCUGAUAACAACUGAAGCACCAACAACAACUGCAGAAACAACUAUCACAACUUCUGACUCCGCAACCACAACGUCAACACCAGCUGCCACAACUGAAGCACCAUCUACCACAACUGCAGCGUCACUGACAGCAACCGAAGCACCAACGACAACAGGUGGAACACAAACUACCACAACUGCACCACAAAUGACUACACCUUUUUUCUCAUCGACAACAGCUAUCACAACAUCUGACUCCACAACAAUGACGUCUACACCAGCUGCCACAACUGAAGCACUAUCUACCACAACUUCAGCCUUAUUGACAACAACCGAAGCACCAUCAACAACUGGUGGGACACAAGCUACCAUAACUGCACCACAAGUGACCACACAUGUUUUCUCCUCAUCAAGUGCAGAAACAACUAUCACAACUUCUGACUCCGCAACCACAACGUCAACACCAGCUGCCACUACUGAAGAACCAUCUGCCACAACUGCAGCCUCACUGAGAUCAACCGAAGCACCAAUGACAACAGGUGGGACACAAACUACCACAACUGCACCACAAAUGACUACACCUGUUUUCUCAUAUACAACAAGUGCAGAAACAACUAUCACAACUUCUGACUCCACAACCACGUCAACAGCAGCUGCUACAACUGAAGCACCAUCUACCACAACCGCAGCCUCACUGACAACAACCGAAGCACCAACAACAACAGGUGGAACACAAACUACCACAACUGCACCACAAGUGACCACACCUGUUUUCUCAUCUACAACAAGUGCAGAAACAACUAUCACAACUUCUGAAUCCGCAACCACAACGUCAACACCAGCUGCCACAACUGAAGAACCAUCUACCACAACUGCAGCCUCACUGACAACAAUCGAAGCACAAACGACAACAGGUGGAACACAAACUACCACAACUGCACCACAAGUGACCACACCUGUUUUCUCAUCUACAACAAUUGCAGAAACAACUAUCACAACAUCUGACUCCACAACAACGACGUCAACACCAGCUUCCACCACUGAAGCACCAUCUACCACUACUGUAGCACCAGUGACAACAACUUUGAACCCAGUUUCUUUAAGCACAAAGACAACUACUACAAUAAGUGCAGCCACAAUUACGGCAGUCUCAUUGACAACACCCGAAGCACCAACUACAACUGUUCAAACACAAGUUACCACACCUGUUUUCUCAUCGACAACAACUACCACAGCUGCUUCUUCCACAACAACUUCAACACCAGCUGCCAUAACUGCAGCUUCAGUGACAACAACUUUUUCUCCAACUUCUACAACUGCAGAAACAUCUGCCACAAUAAGUGUAGCUUCAUCCGCAAUAACAGCAACCUCAUUGGAAACAGUACCACCAACUAUUGCAACUGCAGAGCCAACUACAGCAACUACAGCCUCACCCACCAUAUCUGCGACCUAUGUGGGAACGAUUGCCACUCCAACUACAACAACGUCUGCUAUAACAGCUGCAGCACAAACUGCAACAACAGUAGCCCCAACAAUGAAUACAGCUCUAAACACCACAACAACAGCUUUACUUUACAUAACCACACCACAAAGCACACCCACUCUUCCAGUUACUACAACUCCAUUUCAAAAUACCACGACCACUGGAGAAACAACAACAGCCCAAAGUCUUUUGUCACUAGCACAUCUCCAGAUAAAGAUGACUUCCUUUGGCGAGGUCAGCAAUGGAACCAUCACUGAGCUUAUCAAACAGUUUUUCAGAGACCAGCUCCCGAAUGGCACAGCCCACAUGAUCAGCGUGAAAAGGAUUCGAAGGGUUAAAGUUUCCCCAUAGAAGCUUCAUGUAGACAGAAACAGUUAAAAGUGAAUAUAUAAAGAUGGCAGUUCAAGUGCUGGUGCUAUACUUUUAACAUAAUGUAAGUUUUUCCACAGUUUGAGAAAUGAGUAAACACAGAGGUUUGGAUUUUAGUCGAAAUCCCCCCUUAUGCCUUUUAUCAUUAUUUAGAUAUAGAUUAAAUCUAAAAUAUUUGCCAUCCCACACUGUUGCCUGUAUUUCCUAGGAAUGUGAAUAGUGGAGAUGCACACUUGACUGGAGUGUGAGAUUAUUUGUAUAGUAUAAUGGGAACCUCAAAUCAAGCAAUCUGAUCUGUCAAAGAAGAGGUUCUUAAGAAGUGUCAGUAAUUCCCAUAGUUGUAACUGGAGAAAUGGCUGCCACACUGACAUACUUAGUAACCAGGAAACUCUUAAACUAUGUUCUACUCUCACUCAUCCCUUUUGUUGUUUGGCAACAAUAAUCUUACUGAGUUCCUUAUACCAAGUGUAUGAUUAUUAUAACCCCAAAUCAGAAAAUUAAUCAUUUGUCAGAGUUAAAUACACAGUUGUGUCUACUGAACGUGAGUCUGUUUUAAAGCACUGAUUUCUUAACUGAGUUCCUUAUACCAAGUGUAGUAACCCCAAAUCAGGAAGUGAAUUGUUUCUCAGAGUAUUACUGUCAAAGUGCACAGGCAUGUCUACAGAACCAGAAUAAGCACUGCUUGUUUGGAUAGUGCUGCUGUGCUAGGGGAGGAAGUCUGAGACUUUCUGUGUGCAGGUUAACCUUUUUAGUUUCUAUGAUACGGGCUGUUACACAUUACUGAAUAUGUGUGCGUAAGUUUUGUGUGGUUUUUAUUUGCCCUCUACUUCAGUCCAUUUAGUAAACUUGCCUCCCCAGGUAUUGAGUUUACUAAGUGUCAGAUAUAUAAAAAUGUGAUUUAUUUAAGCAGGAUAAACUAUUUGUGAUCCUGAACUGAGGCCAGCGAGUGUUUUUUUUAUCUUUUCACUUGCAGACAUAAUGUUUAGGACAUUCUUCUCAAUAUUACUGAUUUUUUUUUUCAAAUCAUUAGUUUUACAUUAAAACUCUUGUUAAUUCUUCAUUGUUCUGACAUGAAUUAGAAUAUGGCUACUUCUGCACCUCCCUAGUUAAACCUUCAUAAACUUUUUGAUUUUGUUUAAAUAUAACACUAGAUUUGUGAGACAAAAUUAGUAGCUCUGAUUAUUUGUGUUGUGUUAUAUUCUUUUGAAAGAUAAAUAAAGAGACAUAUCUGUUUGAAGUGCC